AAUAGUAAAUUAUAUCUCCGGCGAUGUUAUCAUUCAUAUCCCUGCCUUUGGAAAAAAUGGCAUUUAGGCAAGGUGUUGGGUUUUGGUACGGGUUAGUUAUGGCCCUUUCACCUUGUCAUUGUCUCUGCGAAAUACCCUUCUGCCAUUUAAGUCCAGUUCCUUGCUAGGGACUUGCUUAUCUCCCAUAUGUUAUAUACACACACACAUACACACAUGUAUGUAUCAGCUCCUUGAGAGAUGGAAGUGCAAAAUCCUCAACAUGGGCAAUAUAUUGAAAUAAAUGUGGAUGUUGGUCAAGGCCAAAGGCGUAUAGGAGGGAGUAAGUUUUGUGGGGAAGCACCUUGUGGAUUUUCUGAUGCCGGUACUAGCUCUAAGGAUGCCGAAGAAAGAUCGGCUUCCAUGCGCAAGCUUUUAAUUGCCGUGGUGCUUUGCGUCAUCUUCAUGAGUGUAGAAGUAGUGGGAGGCAUCAAAGCCAAUAGUCUAGCAAUAUUAACUGAUGCAGCACAUUUGCUAUCUGAUGUUGCAGCUUUUGCCAUAUCCUUGUUUUCGUUAUGGGCAGCUGGAUGGGAAGCUAAUCCUCGUCAAUCAUACGGAUUUUUUAGGAUCGAGAUUCUCGGGGCCUUGGUUUCUAUCCAGUUGAUAUGGUUGCUUGCAGGAAUUUUAGUGUAUGAAGCCAUUGUUAGACUCAUUAAUAACACAGGUGAGGUGUAUGGAUUUCUAAUGUUUCUUGUUGCUGCUUUUGGAUUAGUGGUUAACAUUAUCAUGGCUCUAUUAUUGGGCCAUGAUCAUAGUCAUGGUCACGGUCAUGGCCAUGAUCACGGUCAUGGUCAUAGCCAUAGCCAUAGCCAUAGCCAUAGCCAUAGUGAUCAUAGUCAUGGUGUGAGUGUUACCACGCACCAUCACCACGAGGGACACUCCACAGGAGAACACCACCAUCAUCAUCAUCAUCCCGAGGGGCACUCCAAGACUGAGCACAGCCAUCAUUACGAAGAGACUGAGCAUGUCAAAGACGAGGAUCACCACCACGACGUUCACAAAGAACAGUCAAAGCCACUGCUUGAUAAGCCAAAGAAACGAAGGAACAUAAAUGUCCAAGGAGCUUAUCUUCAUGUACUAGGGGAUUCCAUCCAAAGUAUCGGAGUAAUGAUUGGAGGGGCAAUCAUAUGGUACAAACCUGAAUGGAAAAUCGUCGACCUGAUCUGCACGCUGAUAUUUUCAGUAGUUGUUUUGGGGACUACCAUCAAAAUGUUGCGCAGCAUACUCGAAGUGCUGAUGGAGAGUACGCCUCGAGAGAUCGAUGCAACAAAGCUGGAAACAGGGCUAUUGGAAAUGGGGGAUGUUGUUGCCAUUCAUGAGCUGCAUAUAUGGGCCAUUACAGUGGGGAAAGUCCUCUUGGCUUGCCAUGUCAAAAUCCGACCCGAAGCUGAUGCAGACAUCGUCUUAGACAACGUAAUCGAAUAUAUCAGAAGGGAGUAUAAUAUCAGUCAUGUUACCAUUCAGAUUGAGCGUUAAAAUGGUAGACAAUAAUUUAGAGCAUGCAUGGACCUCAUUACUCUACAUAUAUUUAUAGUUGCCAUAAAUACUGGUCCAUAUCCAGUAUUUAAUCAGUAGAUGUUAUGUAAAUUUCCUUUGUUGAAUCAUUGUUUUCAGUCAAUCCAUGUUUGGUUGCUUGAGCUUGAAGCAAAA